CCUCCUCCUCCUCCCCCUCGGCCGCCGCCGCCGCCGCGGGGCCCUAAAGCCGCCCGGCUCAAGAGGAUGGUGCGGCUGGCGGCCGAGCUGCUGCUGCUGCUGGGGCUGCUCCUGCUCACCUUGCACAUCACCGUGCUGCGCGGCGGCGGCGGAGAGCAGCAGGGCACCGCGGGCGCCGCCAACCACAGCCAGCGGCAGAACACACUCACUGCAGAUGACCAUUCUCCUGAAGACAGCUUUGCCCUGAACCCCGAGGACAGAAGAGAAUACCCUGAUCUCCAGGCUGCCCACCGGCCAUUCCCUAAGCAACGAUUCAGGCAGGAAAAUGGGCAUACAUCCUUACAAAGAGAUGGACCUAGAUCUUUCCUCCUGGAUCUCCCAAACUUCCCUGACCUGUCAAAAGCAGAUAUCAACGGGCAGAAUCCCAACAUUCAGGUUACCAUUGAAGUGGUGGAUGGCCCCAACACAGAGACUGACAAGGACCUUCAGAAAGAGAGCAGCAAGUCUAGCUGGUCAGUCUCAUCACCUGACUGGAGAAACUGGUGGCAGAGGUCCUCCACCUUGACUCGCAUGAGCAGCGGUGACCAGGACUAUAAGUACGACAGCACUACUGAGGACAGCAACUUCCUGAACCCUCUCGGUGGGUGGGACGGUCAUGCACCCAGUCACCGGACAUUUGAGUCCAAGGAGCAGCCAGAGUAUGAUUACGUUGAUGGUGAGGGAGACUGGAGCCCAUGGUCCCUUUGUAGCGUCACCUGUGGGAGCGGCAGUCAGAAGCGGACGAGGUCCUGUGGAUAUGCCUGUACUGCCACUGAGUCACGGACCUGCGACAGGCCAAACUGCCCAGGGAUCGAAGAUACCUUCCGGACAGCAGCCACAGAAGUGAGCUUACUUGCUGGGAGUGAAGACUUCAAUGCUACCAAACUGUUUGAAGUUGAUACUGAUAGCUGUGAAAGAUGGAUGAGCUGCAAAAGUGAGUUCCUGAAGAAAUAUAUGCACAAAGUGGUCAACGAUCUUCCCAGCUGCCCGUGUUCCUACCCCAGAGAAGUUGCGUACAGCACUGCUGACAUCUACGAUCGAAUUAAGAGGAAGAACUUUCGCUGGAAAGAUGCAAGUGGUCCAAAGGAAAAACUGGAGAUCUAUAAGCCUACUGCACGGUACUGCAUCCGCUCCAUGCUCUCUUUGGAGAGCACAACACUGGCAGCUCAGCACUGCUGCUAUGAUGACAACAUGCAGCUGAUUACCAGAGGGAAAGGGGCAGGUACACCAAACCUGAUCAGCAUCGAAUUCUCAGCAGAACUCCAUUACAAAGUGGACAUGUUGCCCUGGAUCCUCUGCAAGGGUGACUGGAGCCGUUACCAUGAAGCACGGCCUCCAAACAAUGGGCAGAAGUGUACAGAAAACCCUACAGAUGAAGACUAUUACAAGCAAUUUCAAGAAGCAAGGGAAUACUGAAGAGGUUUUCCUCUUCAGACAGAAAAUAGCAUUCAUUUCCUGGAUGCCAAAGAACUGAUAACUGCUGCUGCAUUAUCUCCUUGACCGGGGCCGAUCAGUUUCUUUCUAAUGAAUGUGUAUAGUUGUAAUAUAAUACAUAACUAUUUUUCAUAGUGUGUGUAAUUUAUAAGCACAUAUCUCUCUAUCUCACACACACCUAUUUUUACAUACAGACAUACAUAAAACUUGUCCCGAUAAGAUUUUAUACUACAAUAAUGUUCAUUUAAUAAUGUGCGUUUUGCUUUAUAUGUGAGAUGGGGGGAGCAGGAGGUAGGGGUGCAGCUGCCAUCACCGUCAGGACCAAGGCCUCAGCUGAAGAGGGCAUAUAUUCACAUUCAAAAGUUAUUAGAAACAACGGGGUUGAAAAAUGUACUACUCCAUAUGGGAAUGAUUUACAGGAUUAAUACAUGUACAGCAUUAGUUUUCUCUAUGAGAGAUUUCAUGACUAAUCAUGUCUAAGAAAGGAAAGGUUUUUGGUUUGUGUGUGUUUGGUUGUUUUGUUUUGUUUCGGUUGUUGGUUGGUUUUUGAUUUUACUACAAUCCCUCACUAGCAACUGGAAUUCUUUCUGUUACUGUCCGGGUCAGGUCCUCACUGUCCACCUGGGGCAGGCCUGCAGGGAGGGAAAGUUGUGACUUUCCUGUGAACCAGAAUCAGUCCCAGAGCAGUGGUUCUCCAGGAGCUGCUACAGCUCCAGAUAUGUAACUACAGCUGACAGGGCCAGGGUCUUAUGCUGGAAAGCAGAUCUUCAGGGCAGUUACCUGUAAGCUAAGCAUACUAUAGGCCACUGGAAGAGUGAAGCCCAAUGCUUAAUAUAAAGAGUGUUUAUUUUUUCAGUGAUAUGGAAUGGAAUACACAUUUCUAAGAAUUUCCCUCAGAUAGAGCAUGCACCCAGCCUUUUUCUCCCCUCUUUAUCAUAUGCUGAGGGCACAGUACCCUACAGAAGAAGCUGUUCCUUCAGGAAGUUGUCUGGGAGGGACUAUGGUGAGUUAAAACUUAAUUAUUAUUUUUUUUCAAUAAAAGCUGGCAUUAUUUUUGUAAAGUAUUUAUUGAAUUAUAACAAUAGUUCACAUAUGGGUUGUGUCUCUAACAUGAAAGGCUUCAGUAGAUGGAAUGCAAUGGCCAAGAAUGACUGUUGUUAGGCAAAGAUUUACUUCCAGAUUUUUAUAAAGCACAUGUUUACAUACAUGACCCUGUAAUGAAGUGGUGGAUACCUGCGUUUCUAUGAAAGAUAAAAAUUACACCACGGGUAAAUAAAUAUUUACAGUUCCAUCCCAUA